GUUACCAAAAGUACCAAAGCUAACAGCACAGCGCGACGAUUCUUCAAAAAACUUCUAAGCAGUUUCUUGCAAGCGAAGAAAAGUGAGAAAAGUGAUGAUGUUUCAAUCCUUCCAUCAAAAGCAAACCCUAGCCUUUUCAAUUGUCUGAAAACCCUAAUCCCCGGAUUCAGUCUUCCUUAAUGGCUUCCGGAUUGCCGGCGACGCCGCCGACGGCAUUAGCUCCAGGGUUCCGAUUCCACCCAUCCGACGAAGAGCUGGUGCAGUACUACCUCAAGCGCAAGGUCUGCGGCAAGGCCAUUGCCUUCGACGCCAUUGCGGAAGUCGAUAUCUAUAAGAAGGAGCCAUGGAACCUCGGAGGUGAGUCGAAGUUGAAGAGCAGGGACAUGGAGUGGUAUUUCUUCAGUGCCCUAGAUAGGAAGUACGGUAACGGGGGAAGGGUGAAUAGAGCCACCAGCUACGGCUACUGGAAGGCGACUGGUAAUGACCGCUCGGUGCUCCAUGGCUCGAGAAUUGUCGGGAUGAAGAAGACCCUUGUAUUUCACAGUGGCCGUGCUCCGGGUGGCCAGCGGACCAAUUGGAUAAUGCAUGAGUACAGGCUUGUGGAUGAUGAAUUGGUGAAAGCCUUGCGGGAUUCAUACGUGGUGUGUAGAGUUUUUCUUAAGAGUGAAAUAGGUCCUCCCCACAAAGACCGUUAUGCCCCCUUUAUUGAGGAGGAAUGGGAUGAUGACAAGACAGGCUCGUCUCAGGGAGGAAAAUCUGUAGAUGAAGCUAUAGUUGAUAGCAAGGCAUGUAUUGAAGAGAGUGAUCUUGAGCAGGAUGCUCAAUCCACUACACUUAGGCAAAGUGAGCAUCUAAAAAACUCUGGAAGUGUUUUAUCUCUUUCCCCGAGUGAGAGGUUGGAGGAUUGCCCCUUGACAUGUACUGUUAAUAAAGAGUCGACGAUUUUUCCUAAUAAAAGAUCAAGGCAUGAUGAUCUGAAUCCUCAACAUUCAGAUGCUUCAGAAAGCUCACUGAUGACCAUUCAAGAAUGUACAAUAACAAAAAAAAGUUCUCCACCUUCUAUCUUUGGAUUUCCCCUUGUGGAACUUAAUGGGAAGAAAGAAUGUCAAAUUAAAAAGGAACUUCCUACAGCUCCGUCCGGUACAUUUGUGGAACUUAAUGGGAAGAAAGAGAGCCAAAUCAAAAAGGAAAUUUCUACAGCUCCUCACUCUGCUACAGUGGUGGAACUUAAGGGGAUGAAAGAAAGUGAGAUAAAAAACGAAGUUUCUAGAACUCCCCCAGCCACGUUUGAUAUCAGUGAUGGUAAUGCAACUUUGCCUCCCAGCUAUUUGAAGUAUAUUACUUACUUGGAAGAUAAGGUCCGUGAAAUGUCUGCUGAGAGGGAAAGAUUGAAAGCUGAUAUGAUGCAGGCCGAGUCCAUUGUUAAUGCUUACAAAUCUCGAAUUGAUAUAACCCUAAACAACGGAAAUGAGGACUGAGAACUGCCAGAUGUGGGUAGCAAUGGACGUGGCCAAUGCUAUACAUAAUUUUCCCUUAUUUUCUGUCAUUGGCUAAUGGUAGGGCCCUGUCCAUCAAUUUAGUUGUGAAUACAACUCAACCUUCCCCAAAAUUACGAAAUAGAACAUUCUGUUGCUGCCCACUCUACUGUUGUUUUAGGAAUGUGAAAUAGUUUGGAUUUCAUUCCUCGGAAGCUUUAAAUUAGAAAUGGUCUUGUUGUAAGGUACGGACCUAUAAUGGAAAUUUCAUGGGAAAGGGUGGGGGAUCAGCGUCAUUCACACUAGAGGGCCACCCUUUUUUCUUUUUCUUUUCCUUUUCC